UCACCAUAUAUCAUGGAACGUCGCAGUUCAUUUGAAGAUGAUCAAAUCCCCAACCAAACAUUCGCUCGGAGGUCUGCCAAUUACCAACCGAGUUCGUGGGACUAUACUUCACUGCACACGCUAUCAAACACUCUCAAAGAGGAAGUAAACGACCACGUCCACGACCGCUUAGCUGAGGAACUAAUGCAAGAAGUGAGGAAUCAAAUUAACGAUGGGAUCAAGCUCCAGCAACAGCUCGAGCUAAUUGAGGCCAUUGAUCGACUCGGUCUGUCCUCACUCUUCCAUGAGGAAAUCUACCGAGUUUUAAGUGUUUUAUCUCUCAAUAACUGCAAAGAGGUUAUUCUUUGUGGCCUUCGAUCAACGGCUAUUUGCUUCCAGCUUCUUCGUCGCUUUGGAUUUCAAAUAUCUGAAGGGAUUUUUGAUGAUUUCAUGGAUGGUGAUCACAAUGCAUUCUUACCAACACUCUCUGAUGAUGUUAUUGGGCUACUAAGCUUAUACAAUGCUUCUUAUAUGGCUUUCCCUGGAGAGAACAAAAUGGAGUCUGCGAGAUCAUUUGCAGUGAAACACAUGAACAGGGAGAAUAUGCAGGAAAUUUUACCGGGUAGCAUUGAGAGUGCAAUAGGCCAUGCUUUGGAUCUCCCCCUCCAUCGCAGGAUGCCAUGGAUGGAAGCUCGGAUGUAUAUAGACAUGUAUGAGCUUGAAGAUGACAUGAGCCCUCCAUUGCUUCAUCUCGCUAAAAUCCAUUUCAACAAGGUCCAAAGCAUUCAUCAGAAGGAAUUAAAACACGCCGGAAGCUGGUGGAGAAGAUUGGAUCUGGGAAAAACAAUAAACUUCUCAAGAGACAGGCUUAUGGAAUGCUUCUUUUAUGUUGUUGGAAUUGUUCAUCAUCCUGAUUAUGGAUUUUGCCGAGAAAAACUUACUCAAGUUGGUAUGUUGAUUGCAACUAUUGAUGACGUUUAUGAUGUUUAUGGAUCCCUUGAAGAACUUGAGCUCUUUACCCAAAUUAUUGAUCGGUAUAUGAAUGGAGAGGGUGCCUGGUUUUUAGGAUUGUAG